UUUCGAGCAGUCACAAAAUUUACGGUACGCCAAAGGUGAAAUUUCAGUUCCUCUACCACAACCAAGGUCGACAGAAUGGCUGCCCUUAAGAUUGUCAAGAAGCACACCAAGCCUUUCAGACGCCAUCAGUCUGACCGUUUCCACCGUGUCGGUGAGUCAUGGAGAAAGCCCAGAGGUAUUGACAACUGUGUCCGUCGCCGCUUCAAGGGUGUUAUUCGUAUGCCCAAGAUUGGUUACGGUAACAACAAGAAGACUAGAUACUGCAUGCCCAACGGUUUGAAGGCCUUCCUUGUCCGCAACGUUGCUGACGUUGAACUUUUAUUGAUGCACAACAAGACCUACGCUGCUGAGAUUGCUUCCAAUGUCUCUGCUCGUAAGCGUGUUGAGAUCGUUGAGAAGGCUCGUGCUUUGGGUGUCAAGGUUACCAACGCUGGUGCCAAGGUUCGCUCCCAAGAGUAAACCAGGGAAACAUUACGGUUUAAUCGAGUUUUGUAUACAUGAUCCUGAUAUCAAAAAGGAGAAUUUAAUUAGUUUUAUUUUCUGAAGAAUUUUGCAUAUGUGUUAUUUUCGUAAAAUUCAAUAGAGCUAGUAGUUUUGUGCAAAACAUUUUUAUGAGCUACAUCAAAAGUUUCCAAAUCUCCUACAUACAAUGAACCCAAAUAAACAUCUUAAUUAUUCAAAUA